CGAAAACAGAGAUCCUAAUUUAAUCACCAUUAACAACAAAUAUCGAUUAAUGAACGGAUGGGAAACACUUUGCGUGAAUUCGCCUCCCCACGAGACGUCACAGUCUGCUGCGCAGUGCGCAGCCCUACAAAUCGCACUGCCUCAAAGCUCCAUUGUCGUCAUCCAUCGCUUGUCCCUGUCCUCUUUCCCAACCGCCUCAAUUACAGCGGAUUUAAUAUAGCAGUCGAGGUGGAUGACUCGUCGCUCGCCUACUCCCAUAAUCAAUUGCUGAAGCUCUAAGAGAAAACCGGAGAGAGGACUGAAAUCAGAUUAGGGCGCUUCUUCUGCUAUUUCGGCAGAUAAUUGAUUCAAUCCUUUGAUGAUAUUGACAAAUCCAGUAAUGGAUAUUGAAGGCCGGAAUCCCAAUUUCCCUCUAAAGGAAUCGUGGUGGACGGUGCUGUCCCUUGCUUACCAGAGCUUGGGCGUCGUGUACGGCGAUUUAAGUACGUCGCCUCUGUACGUGUACACGAGCACUUUCGCGGAGGACAUUCAGCAUUCCGAAACGAAUGAGGAAAUCUUCGGAGUUCUGUCGUUCGUUUUCUGGACACUUACCAUGAUACCUCUUGUCAAGUAUGUGUUCAUCGUGCUUAGAGCCGACGACAAUGGCGAGGGGGGCACUUUCGCCCUCUACUCGCUGCUCUGCCGACACGCCCGUGUCAGUACGCUGCCUAACGGCCAGCUAGCCGACGAGGACUUGUACGAGUACAACAAGGAGGUGAUUGCUUCGUCGGGGAGCAAGGGCCUUGGAAUGAGGCUGAGAUUAGUUCUGGAAAAGCACAAGGUGCUGCAGAGGAUAUUGCUCACCUUGGCGUUGAUCGGGACUUGUAUGGUGAUCGGAGAUGGAGUCCUUACCCCUGCCAUUUCAGUGUUUUCUGCGGUGUCGGGAUUGGAGUUUGUUGUCUCGAAGCAUCAUCAUGAAUAUAUAGAAGUCCCUGUUGCCUGUGUAAUACUGGUGCUCCUAUUUUAUUUGCAGCAUUACGGGACCCACCGGAUCGGGUUUCUUUUUGCGCCCAUAGUGGUGGCAUGGCUGUUCUGCAUCAGUGCCAUUGGACUCUACAACAUCAUCCAUUGGAAUCCUCAUGUCUAUCAGGCGCUAUCUCCUUAUUACAUGUUUAAAUUCUUGAAGAAGACGCAGCGUCGAGGCUGGAUGUCCCUUGGUGGUAUAUUGUUGUGCAUAACUGGCUCGGAGGCCAUGUUCGCCGAUCUUGGGCACUUCUCACAGCUAUCCAUCAAGAUUGCUUUUACCUUCGUUGUCUAUCCUUCCUUAAUCCUUGCUUACAUGGGACAAGCUGCAUAUCUUUCCAAGCAUCACAUAAUCGACAGCGGCUACCAUAUUGGAUUCUAUGUCUCGGUGCCUGACAAGCUACGAUGGCCGGUUCUUGCAAUUGCCAUCCUUGCCGCAGUGGUUGGAAGCCAAGCCAUCAUAACCGGGACUUUCUCCAUCAUCAAGCAAUGUUGCGCUCUGGGCUGCUUUCCUCGGGUCAAAAUAAUACACACGUCUUCUGAAACGAGCGGCAGGAUCUACAUCCCCGAGAUCAACUGGACCCUAAUGCUGCUUUGUUUGGCUGUUACAAUCGGCUUUCGCAACACCAAACACAUUAGCAAUGCAUCCGGUCUUGCAGUCAUAACCGUUAUGUUGGUGACGACAUGGCUCAUGUCGCUCGUCAUCGUCCUAUGCUGGAACCGGAGCGUUGUUCUCGCCGUUUGCUUCCUAUUCUUCUUCGGGUCGAUCGAAGCUCUCUACUUCUCAGCUUCCCUCAUCAAAUUCCUCGAGGGCGCCUGGGUCCCCGUCGCCCUAUCCUUCAUCUUCCUCCUCAUAAUGUUCGUGUGGCACUACGGUACUCUCAAGAAGUACGAGUUCGACGUGCAGAACAAAGUCUCCCUCAACUGGCUCCUCAGCCUCGGCACGAACCUCGGGAUCGUCCGUGUCCGCGGUAUCGGCCUGAUCCACACCGAGCUCGUCUCCGGCAUCCCAGCCGUGCUCUCCCACUUCAUAACCAACCUCCCGGCAUUCCAUCAAGUCCUCGUCCUCUUCUGCAUCAAGUAUGUCCCCGUCCCCCACGUCCGGCCCGACGAAAGAUUCCUCGUCGGGAGGAUCGGUCCAAAGGAGUACCGUGUGUACCGCUGCAUAGCCCGGUACGGAUACCGCGACGCUGUGCUCGACGACAUUCAGUUCGAGAAAGAGCUCGUCUGCAGCAUCGCCGAAUUCAUCCGGUCGGAGGGCUCCCGGCGCAGCAGCAGCUCGGACAGCAACGAGAAGAUGGCCGUCAUCGGAACGCACGGCGGCGGCGGAAUCAUGACGGCGGCGGAGGCGGUGGCGCCGAGGAAGAGAGUGAGGUUCUUGGUGGCGGAAGGGGAGGAGGAGGGGCAGGAUCUGCUGAGGGAAAAGAGGGAGGAGCUGCAGGAACUGAUGGAGGCGAGGGAAGCUGGGAUGGCGUUUGUGUUGGGGCAUUGCUACGUGAAGGCAAAAGCGGGUUCGGGUUUUAUAAAGAAAGUCGUGAUUAAUGUAGGAUACGACUUUCUCAGGAGGAACUCACGUGCGCCGCAGACGUACGCCUACAGCUUCCCGAUGGCGUCCACUUUGGAAGUGGGAAUGGUGUACCAUGUUUGAAAUUAAAAGAGUCGCGUUUUUAUUUUUGUAGCUAAAAGCGUGUUUUUGCUGUGUGGAUUAUCGAUGUAUAUGUAUAUUUGGCUUCACGACUAUUUAUGUGUAAAGUAAGAGAGAUGCUGCCUCACCUAAACCAUGCACAUUUGCUAUGUAUAUUAUUUAAACGAAAUAACAAUGGUUUCUGUUAAAACAGAAGUUUUAAAGGAUUUGAAUUUUAUAUAAGUUUACAAAUAAUAAAAUUAAUAUUUGCGAUCAUAUUUUGUGAAAAGA